UCUCAAGGAUACAAGCUUAUGAUCCAUGAUCCGGGCGAGUACCCACAGGUGUCGGGCCGCAACAUGCGCAUACCCUUUGGUCACGAGAUCUCGAUCGCGCUCAAGCCUCAAAUGCUGAUCACUUCCCAAUCGGCCGCCGAUUUUAGCUGGGAGAAGCGUCAGUGCUUCUUCAAUCACGAGCGUUACCUUCGAUACUUUAAGAUCUACAACCAGGAAAACUGCGAACUAGAAUGCUUGACCAACGUGACGCAGGCAAUGUGUGAAUGUGUUCGCUUUUCAAUGCCAAGAUCAAACGACACGAAAGUUUGUCCAUUAUCGAUGUUCCACUGUAUGUCCGAUGUCAAAUGGAUUGUGUAUGACAUUGACGAUCCUGAUCGUCCAGUCAACGAAAACAUCACGGCAAUGGUCGACAGAUGUAACUGCUUGCCAGCCUGCAGCUCAAUAUCUUAUGAUGUAGAAACUACACAAACCACGCUCGAUGUGGAAAAGUUUAUGCGCGUCAACCAUGUGUAUGAUAGGUCGGACAACUUUUACAUCACAACGAUAGCGAUCUACUUCAAGGAGUCGUACUUCAUCACCUCAAAGCGAUCGGAGCUGUACGGAUGGGUAGACUUUCUGGCAAACUGUGGUGGUCUGUUAGGCCUCUUCAUGGGUGUGAGCAUUUUGAGUUUGUUGGAGAUAUGUUACUUCAUUACCAUUCGACCGUUUUCGGUUAGAAGUAGGAUUGCCAGUGUUGAAAAGCGAGAUACAAACGAAGUCCAGAAUGUCAUGCUUCCCGUUAUCAUCAAGAGUGAAUAGCCAGUUGUAGGUUGAAUUGUUUAUGAUAUAUUACUAUUUUUUAAUGUUAUACAGUAUAACGUCGAUUUUUCGAGCAGCUCGGGACUGGGUGGUUUAUGGAUUUUAACGGAUAAUAGCUCAAAAACUAUCAAAUUGAUGUUAAAAUUAUAAAUUUCACUGGUUAGACUAUCCAUUUACCUUGAAUUAAUCGAUUAAUCAUUAGUACAAUAGUAUUUUUAUCAAUAAUUAUAGGUUUUACAUCGGUCAUGAACAAAAAUAAAGCUCGAAAAUAUCACUAUACGCUACAUAAUUGCAAAGAAAUAUUGUUUACCAACUUGAAUAUCGCUGAUGAGAAUACCAGAUAAUUGACGUUGUAUUGUAGUGUAAUAAGUUCGGAAGAUAGUUACGGUCGCCAUGUAAUGUGAUGAGCGUACAUACGGUACAACUGAUCAACGCGUACCAUCGCGGUAGGUUAGUGUUUCGCUGACAUGUGUCGAGGUAGAAUAACACUUUGUUCGAAGCGGACUUUUCGACACUUGAUCGUCCAGGCGAUCAUAGAAACCUUUAGGAGGUUUCUCUUACUGGAAACGUUGGAGUUUAGAGGCCUUACUUUGGGAAGGGGGACAUAACUAAACUCUUUAAAUGAGAAGUCGAUAGAUGUUGGAUGGGCAUAGUCCUAUCCUGACAGUCCGAACGAAUCUGACUUGCCAUGGUCGGAAUUGGUUAUAUUUAUACUCGGGGUUUCGUACAUUUGGUUUUGGAAUGUGUUUUUGUCCUAAUUAAAUGUUAUUGUUAUUGGUAACAAUUUAUAAAUUGAAAUGGUGUGGGGUGUUUGUCGAUGUGUGUCUAUGCUUCGGUUUUACUGUAUUGCGAAAGAAGGUUUCAACUAUUAUUGCUAAAGAAUGGAUGUUUUCGUCGCUGAGCUAAUGACUUGCUAUGCGUUCUCUGUUCACCUAGUUUGCCUGCAGUAACGCCUGAUUUGCUUAUUAUGCGUCUUUCGGGUGUUUUCAAUAAGUGUGUCACAAUUGUUUUUAUAUGAACGGUGGGGCCUGAAUUCUUCCGGUUGCUUUGUUAUGGUGUGAUCUGAUUUGCUGAGUGUGUUAUAUUGAAUGUGUUGCAAUGGUGUGGUUUUCCGAAGUGUGUUACA